AUGAAAGGAUUCAAUUGUAACGGCCAGGUGAUUUUGAUUAGUGGUGGGUCACAGGGGCUUGGCGAAUCUUUUGCGAAACGGUUUGUGCAAGACGAUGAUGGACCAGGUUCGAAUACUAAUAAGGUUAUCAUUGUGUCCAGGUCUCAGAGCAAGCUGGUAAAGGCUUGUGAGAGAAUUGGCGUUGAUGGUGUUUCUUUGGACCGAUAUGUCAACGAUACCAAUAGAAAUGAAACAAAAUUGAUAUAUCACAGCUGUGAUACGUCAUCAUACGACAAAGUAGCAUUGAUGUUCAAGCUACUGGUCAAGAGUGAAUUGGUUCCAUCACAGGUGUACAUGUGUGCUGGGGGGUCAAUCCCAAAACUGUUCUUAGAUUUGACACCGGAAGAAUUACAAAACGGUAUCACAACAAAUUAUUCCACCGCCGUGAAUUUGGCCCAUGUUUCUUUAAAGCAUGAUGUGCCCCAUCUUCUGUUCUUUUCCUCCGAGGUAGCGUUCUUUCCUUUCAUUGGAUACGCUCAGUAUGCUCCUUUGAAACAGAGUAUAAGAUCUUUGGUUGCAAUCUUGAGACAGGAACAUUCAAGUACAAGAAUCACCUGUGUGUACCCAGGUAAUUUCCAAAGUGAGGGCUUUGAUCUAGAAAAUAUAACUAAACCUGCAAUUACAAAAGAAAUUGAGGGACCCAGUAAUCCAGUGACCGCUGCCCAAUGUCGUGACAAGAUCAUCUCGUCAUUGAAAUGGGGGCUUGAUGAUAUUACCACAGAUUCUAUUGGUUGGCUAUUGAUGGCGUGCGAUCAAGGUUUAAACAAACAUAGCACCAGCCAAUUCAUGUUCGUGUUUUCAUGGAUCCUAGGUGCCUUGUUGAACAUUACCAUCGUGCCUAUCUACAUGUUGAUUUGCAAAUUCCAAAUCUAUCAAUGGAAAAGGAAUAAAGAUACUAAGUAG